CAUAGAUAUCUCCAUUUGACUAACCACCUCCCUUCUCUGAUCCAGUCUUCUGUAGACCAGAGAUGGAAGGAAAGAAAGAGAGCUCCUUCUGUUUAUAAGUUCUUCACAAAACAUUCAGAACUCGGAAUUUUCUUGACAAUCUUAUGCCAUCGCCAAACUAUGUUCUGUGGGACUGGAAGCUUCAAACGCAUCGAUGAGGAGCCACGGGCUCCAGGUUCGGCUCCGGGGUCGCCAAAGGGAUCCAAGAAGAAGGCCAACAAGAAUCCAUACUCGACGAGGGGGCUCGACAAGUUCUCGACCGUGCUCGCCGAACUCGAGGCCAGGAGGGAGAAGAUCAUGGCAAAAGUUGGAAGAGAUGGCGUCUCGAUGGUGCGGUUCAUGUAUUCGAAUUCACAAGAUUGGGUCCCAAUCAUUGUGAAGCUAAGAGAAGAUGCAAAACAAGAGAAAACAAAGCGGGAUGAUGCCAAGAAGCUAAAGCCGCUGCCGCUGCCACCAAGCCAGCCUACUUCAGAGGUCGGCGAGGAGUCGUCGGCUCCUCUGGUUAGAUCGAGGGAUGGUAAGGAAGUUGUGAAGGAGGCGGAGCCGGCGACGGAGAGGAAGGUGAAGAAGUGCUUCACUUGGGGUGCUAAGGAGGGUGAGGUUGGGUUUUGGAGGUGGAGGCCUAGUUAUUAUUGGCCUUUGGUGAUUGUGCUGAUAUUGGUUUGUUUGGUGAUGUUUGGGAGGGUGUUUGCUAUAUGUUGCACCUCUAUAUGGUGGUAUUUGGUACCCACCAUGAGGAGAGGGAGUGGGAAUGUGAGGAGAUCUAUGAAGAAGAAGGACUAUGGGAGGAGGCUAAGUGAUAAGAGAUUGGGUACUAGUUUUGGGGUGGCACCUUCUUCUCAGGCCAAGAAUGUGGGUGGCGCGCAAGAGAUGUCAUCACCAAGAGCCUAUAGAAAUGGGAAGAGAGGGUGAUGAACAUAGGUCCUUCUUCUUCGGUUUUUGUUAUUUUCCCCUUUUUUCCUCUAAUUAGCAUGUUUUUUUCUAUGUAAAUUAUCUUUGUCAAUCUGGUUGCAGGUUUUUUUUU